AUGGAAGUGGGUGAGUCCAUUGACAUUUCAGAUUUACCUGGAAGAAUCGUGCACUGCUCCGUGAGAUGCCGACGUAAUGUGAAAAAAUACACAGGUUCAUUCAAGUUUACAAAUGUAAACCACCGUGAAGAUGUUUUUUAUUGUUUUCCUGGAAGUGGUGAAGGGGGAUGAUGGUAUUUUAAAAAGGCAAAGUUUACUGACAGUGAGAGAGUAUUCCCACGGCUAUCAAAGGCGUUUCAUAUUUGAUUACGAAAAGGUCAAAACAUGACUUGUUCGGGAUAUUAAUUUGUUGAAUAUUACAACUUAGUCUUGAAUAAAACUUGUGACGAGAAUCGAAUAUUAUGAAAGCAAAGAAGGCUAUUCAGCAGGAAAUAUACCGUGGAUAUUUAUGAGGCGAUGGUAAACAACGCUAAGAAGAAUUAUUCAAGCUUACUUUUUUAGACAGGUUCGUCGAAAAACGACUCGGGUGGAAGUGGUUUGGAACAGUAGAGCGGCUGACAAAUUUUUUGAACAGAUAUUUGAGCCGUUGGAAUGGAUGACUAUUUUCUUCGAGCAGAUAACCCUUGCCGUUCGAAUGGAUGACAAUUUUUUUCAAACGGACAGACUGAGUCGUUCGAACGAUUACCAGAUCUUUGGGAAAUCUUUUCACAACUAUCAGUAAUUUCGUGUAACACGAAAUUCGCGGUAUUUGUGUUCGCGGCGCGCAAUGCAUCAAGGCUGGCAAUGGGCUUUUAAUCAGCCUAGCAACUUGUAGAAUACCCCAAGGCAAUGGUCUAGAAGUUGUAUUCGCGGGCGGAGGGGAGAAAUGAUGUCUCAAGACCACACUGACCCUAAGUACCAGGGGGAAACUGGAGAGAGAUUAGACGGAAGAAAUCUUAUCAAUGAAUAGGUCAACAAGCACUCUAACUCCCUCUAUGUUUGGAAAAAGACAGCAUUUGACCAGAUUGACGUGGAAAAGACUGAUCAUGUGAUGGGUGAGGUUUCUCUACGUACACUUUAUGCAAGAAAGAAUGAGCUGAAUCACACGUUAACGCCGAGGACGUCAUAGUUGCAUGUUUAACCACCUCAAAAUAGUAUAUGGCGGGUUUAACAGUCUAAGCCACGUACAAUAGCACAAGACUUUACCGUAAUGAGAUUCCAAUGCAUUUUACUUAUGAGAUAGAGACAAAAGGCUAUAUAAUCAUUGGCGUUUAUUUAACCCUAAGCAAGUUAAUGAGAUUCCUGCGCAAAAAAAGAAGCAGCCGGUUUCUACUUCUCUCUAACCAAAUAACGUGUACGUUUUAGUUGUUGGCGAACUUUAAAAUUAGAUCAUUUUCUCACACACAGAUUACACGCUUAUUAUUGCAACCGCUGACCAUUCACACGUAUUCACUGUUGGUGGCUACCCAAAACUAGGAAAUCCGAUCUUUGGUGUGGUGAGGGACAUUUACGAUAACAAACCACUCCUUGGCAGUGAUGAGAAACCAUUCACCACUCUAGGAUGUGCCAAUGGACCUGGAGGGGUUAAUGGUAGCAGGGAAAAUCUCACAGGGGUUGAUACAGCUGACAAAGACUUUCUUCAACAAGCCACGGUAAUGAGGUACAAGGAAACUCAUGGAAUUGAAGACGUAGGUAAGUGUUUUAGUGGUCUUAAACUCCUAUCAAAUUUCUAGGAAACUGAGUGAAAAAAAUAAAUAGGUCAAAUUAGGUUUCAUAUAUUAGUUUGACAGCAUCGCGUAGAAUGCCCGGUCACAUCCGGGAAUUUAACAGGCUAGAGCCGCAUUCGAGCCACGAUUUGGUCUUUAAAAUAUGGCGGAAUAAUAAGACUGAAGCGACUUUCGGAGAUUUUGGCUCUGAUUGUGAGUUAGUCGUAACCAAAUCUCAGUGGGUACCACCGGAAUAUUUAUACCAAGAAACAUCAAAUUCAAGAUCUUACCUUCGAUUAAUGCCAGCUUAUCGGAUUUCACUGGGUUUUUCGUGCUAAAAACCAACCAAAAAAUCGCUAUUUUUGUAUGGAUUUUCAGCUGCGUAGACUUUCGCGGAAAGAUUACAACCAAAGUUUGCAGAAAUCUCGAACGGUACCACCUCAUAUUUGACAUAUCUUGUCUGCCUUUAAAACCAUCACAGUCUUUUAAACCAAGGAUUGUGAUAAAAACUGUUUUUUUUGUUUGUCUUUGAACCCGUGAGGGGUAGCCAGCGCGAAGAAAAUUUCCAGAAAACGUCUUUGAAAGCCAGAAAAAAAUUCUCCGCGUUUCGGCCGCCAUCUUUUUUUUUUUUUUUUUAACCCAUUCGCUCCUGGAGAUUUUGCCGAAAAACGCGUUUUGAAGCUAGUCGAGUGGUUUUCUGGUCACUGUUGUGCUAUAAAGAGCUAAAACUUACCACAAACCGGUUUACAGGUCGUACACUUGGCGGCCUUCUGAUCCAGAUGCAAAAUAUCAGCUUGCGAAGUUCGGGCAUGCGCAGAAAGCAAAAUUUUGGGUUUAAAAGUAACACAGCAGUCUUGACUUUUACUUUUCGCUUUCUCUCCUCCCUUCUUUUUUCGCUUUUCUUGCCUCAUUUUUUUUUUCUCUUGCUGGGCAUUUAGUAGGCUUCAUUUUGGUGGGAAGAGUUUUUAGGAUCUUAGGAUUAGGUGAAAGGAAAGGUCGGUGGGUAAUGGAACAAGAUGUUCAUGGAGAUUUUCAAGUCCUUGUCACGUGGUUUUUUGCUUCUUUCUCCGGUGUCCUUGACUGAAUUGUGCUCAUUCUGGUAUGGUUUGAAAGAUCUCUUCACUCUGCACAAGUUAGCGAAGAAAGUUGUCCUUGACCGUUAAAACUGAUGACGUCACAAAGGGUAGAAAGGACCUGGAUCCGCACGGGCGGUUACAGGCGGUUCAGGGGCGAAUGGGUUAAACUUGUUUCCAGUACUCUUUGACCGUUUUAUUGUUUUUACCUCAUGUAUGCUUCAUUCAGAAGUGUCACGGCUAAAAACGGCAAAAUACUAACCCCUACCCGGACGGGAAAUUUUUUGUUGAUCUCAAUGGACCCGGAUUUCUACGCGACGGGGCAAAUUCGAAAAACAUCACUGCUAUCUUGACUUAGACUUAUGAAUUUCCUUGCAGUGGUACCGUUUCAAGUAAAUAUAAGUAUGUAAACGAGAGCUCCGCCCUUAGGCUUCGCUAAAUCACGUUCUUAGUAUAGACAGUGCUGGCAAUCAUGACAAAGAGAACAUUAAGACAUUACCUUAAUUUCUGAUGGAAACGUCCGUACACGAAUACUUUAUUUAAAUCGUGGCCCGGUGGACCUGGAAUGAAUCUGAAUCCUCUGCAGUGUAUUCGCUAGUUUUAAGACAUGUUAUUCGCUUUACUUGACGGCCGUGUAUUUUGCCCUUGUAACUGAAAAUCAUUUCCACAAAUAGGGCUUUAUGUUAAAACUUCCUCGUUUAUACGUUCAAGGUGUUUGUUUGUUUCGUGCGUUCAGCCAGUACCGUUUUGGGGCAAAAAGGGUCGCUAUGAAUUAUCUAUUGCCACUCGUUUCUUGAUCUUGAGUUUGAGCUACUGGUCAGGCAACCAUGUAUUACUUUGUGUUGCACAAAGAAAUACAUGCGGGCAUAAUGCAAAAUUAUAAUUCUUUCUUGGCAGUUUUCUUUUUUGAUCUAGUCAAUGACGUUUUGCCUAAUUUUCCGUUGCACUACUUCACGUAUAUGCGCGGACGGUCCUGAAGCCUACUUAUUUCAUGGUGUUGUGGAACAGCAGUACAUCUUCCACGUGA